UUGGUCGAUCAGUUGGACGAUCAAUGGGUCGACCAGUUGAACGAUCACUUGGUCGACCAGUUGGACGAUCAGUUGGUCGACCAGUUGGACGAUCAGUUGGUCGAUCAGUUGGUCGACCAGUUGGACGAUCAGUUGGUCGACCAGUUGGACGAUCAGUUGGUCGAUCAGUUGGUCGACCAGUUGGACGAUCAGUUGGUCGACCAGUUGGACGAUCAGUUGGUCGAUCAGUUGGACGAUCAGUUGGUCGACCAGUUGGACGAUCAGUUGGUCGAUCAGUCGGUCCACCAGUUGGACGAUCAAUGGGUCGACCAGUUGGACGAUCAGUUGGUCGAUCAGUUGGUCGACCAGUUGGACGAUCAGUUGGACGAUCAGUUGGUCGACCAGUUGGACGAUCAGUUGGUCGACCAGUUGCCCGACUAG